CUGAUUGGUCAAUUCAAAUUCAAUUUAUAUUCAUCUGUAUUACAAGUUCAUUGCUUAGUUUGACAUUUGCAUUAGGUAAAUGUUUAUAGUGGACCUCUCCUGCAUUUAAUACGUUCAACGCAAUUAAUAAUGCAUGAAUCUAGCUCCAUCCAAUCUGAAAUUGUUGCAGCCACUGGGUAAAAUGUACUGAGAGAUGAGUAAUUCACCUUUUUGCCUAAUACUUACCCGGCGCCAAUUUUACCUACUGUGAAAAUUAUGCGUUUUCAGUUUCAUUUAUUCCUUCGAAGCCAUUUUUUUUCCCCUCUCUCUCUCUGAGCCAUGACAGUAUGACUGUGUUUUCACCAGAUGACCUGUGGUUACCUGCACUGAGGCCAUGGCUGUUCAGUGGGACUGUUGUGUGGCUGGUUAAUUUUUAAAGUGACCUAGUUUAGGGUUAGUGUUAGGGUUAGGGUUAACCCUUAUUUAACUCCAGUGGUGAGUGAGUAUAGAUGUUAUAGAAGUCUGUAUGUGGGUCAUUUAAUGAGCUGUUUAUUGUUUCUGCUGAGACAAAAAUGCCACAUGUUGCCUCUAUGGCUACAUGAGAUUUAAUCUGCAUCCAUUCUAACAUGCCUGAGAAACCAUACAAUGGGCAUGGGUGUGCCAUGUGGGCCUGGAAAGGCCACUUGACACAGUAAUUGUUGUCUCCUACACAAUUAAGCAGUUGCAUCAUUAUGAAAUGGAGAAUUUAACUGCACAACAGCUGUUAGCAAAGGCAACAUGCUUGUAAUUGUGGUACACUAGUAACCAAGGCAAAUUCCAUCUCUGAAUGGGGUUAUGCGAUUGGAGCCUGAUAAAUCCGUGAAGGCUAUGUCGUGACCAAAAAUACCCAAUAAGCAAUUGGUUGUGAAUGUCUGACAUUGUUUCCAAACAUGGCAGCUUCUUCCCGUCCAGACUAAAACGCAGAGUUAGAGUUUUCCACCAAAACCUGGGUCGGGAGCGUUACCAAACAUUUAGCACCUAUAAAACUCCAGAGUUGGCUUAUCCGUUGCAGAGGGAUUAUUUUCCAGACAAAAAUAUAGUAUUGUGGAUUUAGUCAUACUUAUAAAAAGAACAACUGCUUUAAUGUUCUCAUUUGACAAUGGAAUAGCUGUUCUCCCUGUGUCUGUCUGGGUUUUAUCCUGGUACUCCUGCUUGCCCCCAAGGUCCAAAGACAUGCAGAUUGGGGCUAGAUUCAUUAGAGACUGUAAAUUGACCAGGUCUUAAUGUGAGAGUGAAAUAUUCCAGUUAGUGAUCUGCAAAAAUGGUUUAAUUGCAUUUCUGCCGCAGAAACUCUUACUCUCCACACAAUGCAAGAAACAAAACUCAUAUUUGUGGCGCAUACUCCCUGCUGUUUUCAGUAGGAGUGAGAAUAGAACCUGCUAUCAGCAUCCUGUUGAGUGGUGACCCUGGAUCUCCUCUGUUAAAUGUUAACUACACAUAUGAGAGCAGGAGUGUAUGAGCCCGGCAGUGUGUGCUCAGUAAACAAAGUCCACAACCCUGACUUCAGCCAUGGGGGCCCUGUUUUCUGAGAGGGGGGAAUUAAUUGGUGCACAUGUACCACUAAAAGUAUCAAAAGUAUAGUGUGUAAGGUUCAUGGAGAAUGUGUGUUUGUGUGUGAUAAACAAUGACGGGGGAGCAGGCCAGUGACUGUUAUGUUUGACAUGCAUGGGAUGAAAUAUUGAGCUCAUGAAUAUAUAUUAACAUAUUCAUUAUUGUGGAUUUGGCUUGAUUUGAUGACUGUAAAUACACACACAUACACAAGUCGAUGCAACGGAUGAGAAACUGGUUCUAUGUCGUCUCAAACCACUGGUGAUGGAGAUCACUGUCUCCGCCUGUGACCUUUUCCUUGAUUACUUCUGUCAAUGCCAUCCAGUCUCUUCUGUUCAGAGAGGAGGUCAGUGUCCCUCCUGUGGUCAAUGCCCUAUUUUUUAUGGCUAAUCUCAUCAAGUAUCUACAGUGUCUCUGCCUUCAAAGAGCAUUGAGUGUGUCCCAUCUGCUGCAGGAUGGUGCAGGCCUGUACUGUCUCAGUUUUUAUGGUCACUGCCACAUGCAGAUAUCUUGAUCUAUUGCUCUGAGUGACUUUCUGGACUGGAAUAUAAUUUCCUGCUUUAUUUUGAAAAAACAAUUUUCCUUGGGUGUCUAUUGUUCAUUUCAUCUCCUGUCCUAUUUGAUAUUGCUGGCCCCGCCCCAAUUACUCGCUAUACCAACUCCCUUUGUGUGUAGUAGUAUUCCCCCUCACUUGUGUUGCCUUGUGUUACCUUGCCUCAGCCCCUGCACCAGUUUUGUUCCUGUUGUGUUUUCCUUGUUCCUUAUGUAACCUCUGAAGUCUAAAGAUGUCUGUGUUGGGAUUUAUUUGAUGGAAAGGGCCGGACCAUGAAUGUCUUUGUAUGCGUCUCCAUUCAUUCUGACAAACCAAGCGAUAAACUAAUCCACCGGUCAAUUUUACAUAUGCGAAUCCUCAAAACAAAUGACACAUCAGAAGUCAGUUAGCACUUUAUACUAUCACCUUCAACUAAUAAAUAAACUUAAAUAUACAAUGACAGAGAAGCUGACAUACAAAAACUCUUAUAAGGAGGGGUCCAACUAAAGUAGAUGUAGGGGUGCAAAACUUUACCAAAGGUUCAACAGGAUAUAUUUCAAUUAAACAUGUACAAAGAUUCUUUUGUAAUUAUAGCAAUACAUUUAAAUGGAAUUUAUUUAAUUUAAAUGCACAUUUGAUUUGAUGGCACAUAUAUAAUCAAAUGCUGCAUAAUUGUCAUUGUUACACUUGUGUGUGUCUUUUCUUCUGUUUUGCAUUGCUUACCUGGAUAUAUUAGGGUCUAUUUAUAUAUGCAGGUUGACUCUGGAGAUGAGGAUGCCCCAGAGCUCUAUCAUAAACAAGUACUUCCAUGUACUUACAUUAGUACUAUCAUAGAUAUAGUCAUGUAAACUGGCAUAACACAUAUAUUACACAACAUUUAUGGUUAUAAAUGAAAAAUGUAUGCUGAAAUACUCUCAAUGGUUAUUUGUGUCAUCCUAUAACUGGUUAACAUGACACAGAUCAAAUAAUUAUACAGUUUUUACUCAAUGACCUAAAAUGAAACCCUAGCUUGAAUUAGGGCUUAUGCAUCUUUAAUUCUAAAUAACGUCAGUUGCCAAGGGUCUUUGGCCUUGGUCUUGAUUCAUAGGUCGUUGAUACAUAACUACCCGGUUUCAGUCGGCCAAUGCAGCCACAGCACAACCUGUAACUCCCCUGACCACAAGCCACAGUUACAUAACGUCCAACGUCAAAAGGAGAGGAUGUAGGCCAUGACAAACCCCUGUGGAUUAAACUACUUUAAACUUUUCCAUUUGUUGUUGGUCUCUUCAGUUACAUAUUGCAAAAAAUGGAAAUUUACUAAUUAGAAUUAAAUUAUAAAAUUAUUAUAAAGGCCUAUUUUCUCCAUUAGCACAGCUUGACAAACAUGAUUUUUUUUAAUUGAGGACCUGCCGCUUAGUGAUAUUUAACCACCUCCAGCUACACUUUCCACUAGAAGGCAGUUUCCAUAAGUAAUAACUACAUUCAAAAGAAUACCCUGCAGCUUGCAAUCAGCCUCUUCCUUCAUGCAUUACACUGUGUGGGCCAAAAACGUCUAUUUGUACAAGUUAAUAAUUAACAACUAAUUGUUCAACUAAUAUUAUAAAUAAAAAAGAGAAUUUGUAGCCCACAUUCUCCUCAAAUAUGAUGCAACUCUAAAUCAUUCUAUGAAAUUGCCUUUGAGAAUUUUUUUCUGCUGUGCCGCAUGUGGUCAGUCCGUCAGCAGUCGUUUGGUCCAAUAAAGGCUGGGUUUUUUUCUCUCUCUCCCUCGAGUUAAACCACAAUAUCCCUCUCGGAGUCGGUUGUCUGCUUGGGUAAUGGAAAAGGAGUAUUUUCUUUCUAAUUCUUGCUAAUUCCUUUUCCAUCCCUGGCGGGGCACAACAUGGUGGUUGCAACCCCAGGAGCAGCUCUCUCGCCUCAUCAUGUCAUGGACUUUUCAUAAACAUUGCCCGGGUAACUUUGAUUUCAAGUUGGGUGCUGCCAGUUGGAGUCUGGGUUCAUACAGUACAUUGGGAAAUGCAAUUUCUCAUGGCCUGAGGAGGCGAACUGAGUCACUUGCACCCCACGCAAAUAUAUUCACAGAAAAAAGAAAUACAGAGAAUGGAGAAAGAGGGAUGAAUACAGACUAUAUGAAGAGAAGAAAGAGCAUAUAGCCAUGGUAACAUCUCUGUCACACUAACACUAAAGCUAUCAUGCUAACAUACUGUUAGUAAGUGCAAUGUUUAUCAAGUUUAUCGUAUUAGGGUAUUUGCAUGCUUGCAUUUGCUAAUCAGUACUCAAUAGAAAAUACAAGGCUCAUGCAUCAAAGUGUUGAAUAUAAUAUGAAAUAGGAAGCCAUCCUCAGGGGAACAUGCAUAUUUGUACCAGUAUCCUUAACUGUUUAGAUAUUUUAUUUAUGGUAACAAAUGUCAAACAACAAAUUGGGAUACUAGAGGAAGGAUUCGGGGAUCACCAGCACUAUAACAAUUAAACUCCAGGAGAACAUGAAUGUAAUUUUAUACCCAUCCAUCAAGGACAUUUUGAUCUAUUGAGAAGGUAUAGGUUAUGUAACUGACUACACAAAAAUUAACAAAAAGUAGGACUGACAAAGCCAUUCUGAUUCAUCCUAUGCGCACCUAGAAUUUAUGUUCGAUAGUUUUCAGGCCACCAAUUAGUUUAUGAGACUUAUGAGAAAAGAUUCAUCCUCUGGAAGCCAUGGAUAUCUGUAAACAUGUUCUUUUUAAGUUAACUGUUAAAUGUUGGAAUAUGUCACUGGAUACACGCAAAACUGAACAGUGCUAAAGGAAAAAGUGCAAAAUCAAUCCUUAUCAUCUGUGGACCAUGAAUGUCUGCAUCCAUCUGAUAGUUGUUGCGAUAUGUUAGCCUGCAACAAAGUAGACAGACCAACAAUUUCAUCCCUGCAGCCAACUUUGUACGUGUCCUGACAUAUUAGGUAAUUCCGGGACUCAAACAAGCAAUCAAACACAGCAGUUGACUCCGACUACCCUUUCAAAGAACAGAUGGGAUGUCUUUCCUGGCAUGAUGGUGAUGCCUCAGAGGAAGAUGCUGGUAAUGGGCUGAAAAGGGAUCCAUGAAGAAUGAGAGACAUGUACCCUCAUGAGUGGGACCAAGCCCUCUGCUCUCUCCUCCUGUUCAGUUGAUUAUAGAGGACAGAGACCACAUAGCAGUGGACAGGGUUACACUCAGCAACCGGGAGGUCUGUGAGGCACUGCAUAGUCACUGGUGUUAUCCGAGAUGAUUAUGGACGGUACACAGUAAGGUGACUCUGGUACUUUCUCUUGCUUCAUACCAUAUGCUCCAUACUUUGACAGGCUGUCACCAGGGCUCCAGAAGAGUUGCAGUAAUUCGCAGCCGGCUGCGCCUCUUUACUCCAAUUGGCUGCUGUCUGGAGGAGUGGGCGUGGUUUCUCAUGUGUAGCCCCCCAGUUGUCAGUCUUGGUUGGACAGUGGGUACUGAAGAAAGGCAUGUUCACAAGCCCCUCCCUGCUCCAUGCACUCUUUUGCACACAAGCAACCCCAGCUUCUGUUAUGGCAGGGGCCGCACAUUGGCAUCUCCCAAACUGCUGCUGCGUGCCACUCUCCCAGACAGCUCUCCCCUGCCCUCUCAGGAGACAGACAGACAGGCUGAGCUGAAAACAGAUUGUAGUGAACUGUCUGGCAAACACGCCCUCACAUCAGCAGGACAAAGUGGAGGAAACUGCUAAACAUAUGUCACAAGAUACUCAAAGGUCCAACCAGAUAAUGUGACAACAAAUUGUCGAAGAACAGAACAAAAGAAAAAUGGAGAGACAAAAUGGAAAUAUCUCAUCGCAUAAUACCAAAGAGAAUGGAAUAAAAGGGAAGCCCCCUUACUCAGUGGAGACCCCUUAUGGCUUCCGAAUUGACCUGGACUUCCUGAAAUAUGUAGAUGACAUAGAGAAAGGCAACACCAUCAAAAGAGUCCCGAUCCAGCGGCGGAGCAAAGUCCCACGGGCCAGCACUCUUCCGAGGCAUCUCAACCCGUCUGGUUCUGGCCACUGCUCGAGCCUCUGGGGAUCUACCGGAGCUAUCGGCCCCAGGUCCCGAUUGUCCGAUGCCGACUAUCAUAGCUAUACUUCCUGGGCACGCGAUCACAGGAGACCCCUUUCUCCCACAGGGCUCAAGUCUUUGUCAGAGAUGGAGGCCAGAAUCAAGGAGUUUGAUGAGCAGCCUUUAGGAGAGCACAUUAGACCUCAUCUCCUCCGUGCCUCCAGUCUGCCUCUCACAGUACUACUUAGACAGAGCUCAGAGUCCACCGAUGACCCCGGCAGCCUCCACAGUUCUAGGGAUUACCUCGGAGGAAGAAACACCUCCUGUGAAGACAUUUUAUGCUCCCAAGAUAGCCCUCGUCCUCGGGACUGCUCAGGGCUGGUGAGGCGCCUGACCGAGGCCCUUGAACGUGUGGGGGAGCUUGAGAUGGAGGUGAGGGUCAUUCCAGAACUCAGGGCUCAGAUCGGCAUCCUCCAAGAGGAACGAGAUAUGCUUCAUCUGGGCCUGAAUCCACAGAUCCAAGCCCCUGCGGUGAAUGGAAGCACAGACCCUCAUACUUUGUCCCACUAUGGCACCAGGGAAAUCAAAAGGCCCAGGCAUGAAAGCCAUGUUAUGUUUCCUAAAAAUCACAUUGUCAGUCAAGACGAUUCUAAUCCAUCACACGAGUGGAGGACUAGUACAGAUCUGGACGAGCUGCUGACUGUGACGUCCCUGCAAGCGAAGGUGGCUGCGCUGGAGCAGAAGCUCCAUGAAACUGGCCUGGACCUCCAGAGGGCCGUAAGCCUACUGAGGGAGCAGCAGGAGGAGAGCAAGAGGAAAGACGAGAAGGUGGAGCACCUUAUCACAAAUCCUGCAGUGUGGGUCCGGGCAGAGAGGGUGGUUGUGGACCAGGACGGAAAUGAGACGGUGGUGAGAUCUGUUGAAACAGAUUAUGAUAAUGUCAGCUCCCUGAGUGCUGUAAGAACUGGGCCUGUAGACACAGCAGUAGUCGUCCCCCACAUAAAGAAGAUCAAGAGGCUCCUGGAUCAGCAGUGGGCGUGUCUGUGUGCAGACAGGGAGUCAGGAGAGGGGAGUAAGCCACUCAUACACCCCGACCCUAAAGUCAACUCCCUUCAGCAGGAGAUGAUGGGACUUGUUGACAUCCUCACCUCCUACUACAUCCAAAAUGGACACAGUGAUGGAGACAGGAUUCAGCAUGAAGACUCCAAAUCCAUCAUGAAGACAGAUGGAUGCGUCCAGACGUCAACAAGCCAACAUUCUGGGGGUGUUAAUGAAGGAACAACCACAUGCGGAAAUCUGGGGAUAGAACUUGUGAACGACAGCGUUCAGCAGAAGGAGAGCAGCACCAACCCCGGAGACAUGGCUGCUGCCCAGGUGGAUUCAGACCCAGAGAUGAGACGGGUGGAGGGAGAGCGGCACAUGAGCCCAGACACACAGAUGAAAUCGGGGGGAACAGGAUCGGGGCAGACAGAUGGAGGCGUAGCGUCUGUGGAAGCAGAAGCUCCGGAGAAAAUGCCCAAGACGAAACCAAAGCCUCCAGGAGAACAGAUGGAGAGGUGCUCUGGCUCAGAAACAGCCCCAGGGGGCAGGGAGACUGUGAGCGCAGAUUUUAUGACUGCAUGUCAGUUCCUCAAUGAGCACAUGGAAAACAUGCAUAACCCCAACGAUGAUAUGAGGAAGGCCCUGGUCGUGUUGUUUCAGUAUUGGUUCAGCGCGGCGGCAGAAGAGGCCUCAGUGGCCAGCAGGGUGGCUAUGUACCUGAAGGAGGUGAAGAAAUCCACACCUUCACUACUGGCCUUCCUCAUCAACCUGGCCGACGACAACGGCAACACGGUGCUGCAUUACAGCGUCUCCCACUGCAGCUAUGACAUCGUCAGCCUGCUGCUGGAAACAGGUGUAAGUGACGUUAACCUGCAGAACAACGCUGGCUACACAGCAGUGAUGCUGGCCUCACUGACGGCCCCUGAUGGCCCUGGUGGCAUGGAGGUGGUCCGGAAGAUAAUGGAGCUGGGCAACAUCAACAUUCACUCCAGUCAGACGGGCCAAACAGCUCUGCACUUGGCAGUGAGACACGGCCGAGUCGUGAUGGUCCGCCUGCUGCUGAGCUGUGGAGCCGACACAAACAGCCAGGACAGCCAGGGCACCACGGCCCUGAUGUUCGCGUCGGAGAGGGGCCACACACACAUCGCACGGCUGCUGCUGGAGAGGAGCCAGUGUGACCUCACCCUCACCGACAAGCUUGGUCAAACUGCCAUCUCUAUUGCCAUGCAAGGUUCCCAUACGGACACAGCUGCCCUCCUGCAGGCCCACGCAAAGGCUCGACUUCUGUAAGGCUGGAAAAUCUGAUCAGAAUCUGCAGAUAUAAUGAACAAGUGCUCUUUUCCGUCUGAUGCACCUUAACAUGCAGUUUUAGGUUGAUGCUAUGUACCUGGAUUGACCUCUUUUUUCCAUGAUAUUGUUUUUGAAGCCAGGACUUGUGCCGCACAAGCAUUAACUCAAGUUUUGAGUCAAUGAGAGAGGUGGGGCUUUCAACAAGGGUUUGUUGUGAGUGCUUGUGCAGUAAAAUGUGUUUUUGUAAGUUAGGCUUGAUCUUUGCACAAUCAAGUAUCAGCUUCCCUCUGCAAACUAUGCACGGAAAAUAUAUAUUUAUAAUAAGUAAAUUGUUAUUGUCAUGAUAAAAUGCUCCUUAUCACAGGUGCUUAUCUGUUUAUGGAGAGAAAGCAGAGGCUAGAAUUUCCAUUAUUGAGGAAGAUCAGCACUUUUUGAAUAAAAUAAAAUAUGUGUAAAAUAUAUCAAGACAUGUAAAGUACUUGUUGAAUGCUGCAUGAUGUGUACAUAAAAGACAGAUGUAAACCAACCUGUUGAUUUAUCUCUCUAGCAAUUUCAAUAAUGAUGUUAACAAUGUUUGUUUUUAAUAAAAAUCUGAGAAAAUG